AUGUCGCCCUCUCUCAAGGAGCAGGAGUUUCCUACCUCUUUCUCUUCCAAGAUGCAGUCCACUCAACACUUGGAAAAAUCAGACUCCGUAGAUGGUACUGCUUCCUCCGUCAAUGAUUCCGCUUUCUUUACCAAACACCGUUACAAGUGGUUAAGGAUUAGAGAACUCCUCAGACAGCCCGCUGCAGAGUUCUUUGGCACGAUGAUCCUGAUCAUUUUCGGUACCGGGGUAGACUGUCAAGUUGUACUUUCCAGUAACACGAAGGUCGCGGCGUCGCCCAAAGGAGAUUACCUGGCUCUUGCUACGGGAUGGGCGGUCGGUACUGCCCUCGGCGUGUGGUUUUCCGCCGGAAUAUCUGGUGGACACAUCAAUCCCGCUGUAACGAUAGCCCUUGCAACGUUCCGGGGCUUCCCGUGGCGCAAAGUUCCCGUGUACAUUUUUGCGCAACUUAUGGGGGCGCUGUGCGGUGCCGGGAUUGUGUACGCAAAUUAUAUCCACGCUAUUGACCUCUACGAGGGUGGUCGGUCGAUUCGGACAGUUCCAGGGACUGCUUCCCUGUUCUCGACCUACGCUGCGCCAUACAUGACCCCCGUCUCUGCGUGGUUUGAUGAGUUCGUCGGCACAGUGUGUCUCUUAUUCGUCGUUUGCUCUGCCACCGACCCUAAAAAUGGACCCCCUCCGGCGGGAUUGCUGCCCCUCGUAUUGUUCAUCGCAGUGCUCGGAAUUGGUAUUGCGCUCGGCAUGCAGACAGGUUACGCUAUUAAUCCUGCCCGCGACUUCGGGCCUAGAUUGUUGACUGCGAUGGUUGGCUAUGGCAAGGAAGUCUUCACAUUCAGGCAUCAGUAUUGGCUCUGGUGUCCCAUCAUCGGCCCUAUCGUAGGCGCGCUUGUGGGCGUAUUCAUCUACGACAUGUUAAUAUACACUGGGUCGGAUAGCAUUCUCAGUAGAACGUACAAGGCUGCGGCUGUUCGUGAAGCCGCCGCGGAGGAUGAGCCGGAAGGGCCGAUAAUAGGCGUAGACGAAAUCGUUUGA